UGUCGCAUUUUAAUAACGUCAUCAUCUUCCGCACCGAGGAUCGGAUCAGAGCUCACCACAUGUGUGGUUGUUAGAAACGUUUAAUCAUGGCAGGCUCGUUUUCACAGGAGCUUGAGGAGUUGUUGAAUCCUUUGCCUAAAUUCGCUGAUCCAGAGGAUGAUGGUGACGAGGCGACUAAAGCCAGAGUCACAGAGAGAUCCCAUGAGGACGACGACGAUGAUGAUGAUGAUGUCGGCCUCAGUGCCCUGCGAAAGCACAACACAGCUCUGCUCACAGAGACAGACAGAAGGUACAUGGGGAAGAAAAUCUCUCGUAAACAGCUGCUGAUGGAUGAUGAGGAAUCUGGUGCAGAAGAAGAAGAAGAUGAUGAUGAUGAUGAUGAUGAGGCGGAGGAGGAGGGUAGCAUAGAAGAAGAUGAGGAGGAGGAUUCUAUAGGGGAUGAAGAGGCAGAAGAUGAUUUUGAAGAUGAAGAGGACACUGAUAAACUGGCAUCUAAGAUGAAGGGCGUUGACAUCACGUUUCCUCAGGGAGUGGACUUUCACAAACUGACAGAGGGCAUGGACGACCUUGGAGUGAGUGAGGAAGAUGACGAUGACAGUGGUGAGGAGGAUGAAGGCAGCGAUGAAGAUGAAGGCACUGAUGAUGAUGAUGAUGAUGAUGACGAUGAUGAUGAGAUGGAAGACGGUGAGGAUGACGGAGCCGUCCGCACGUUUUCUAAAGAGAAAGUGGACGAGGAGGUCGAGAAGGGGAAGGCUGUGAAGAACCAGCUGGCUCUGUGGGACCAACUGCUGGAGGGCCGAAUCAGAAUCCAGAAAGCUCUGAUGACCACCAACCAGCUUCCACAGCCGCAGACGUUCCCUGAGUUCAAGAGGCAGGGUGGAGCUGAGAUCACGGGGGCACUCAAGAACACCCACAAGGCUUUAAAGGCUCUGCAGAGAUCCCUGCUGGAGCUGCACGAUGAGCUGCUUUACCAGAACGCAGACACGAAGGCCAUCGCCCUGGGGAAGCCCGAAGGAGCCCAGAGUGAAGACGAGGAGAUAAACAGCGAUGAGAGCGAAGAGGAGUCUGUGCAGGAGCGAGGACCGGCCAAGCGAAAACUGGAGAUGGCUGAAUACCCGGACUUCAUGGCCAAACGCUCGGCUUCCUUCCAGCCGUACUGCAACGCCACGCUGCAGAAGUGGCACGACAAAACCAGACUGACCAUGGGCAAGAGCACCAAGGGUUUCGGGGCAUUUGAUAGGAACAUAUUAACCCAGGUGGAGCAGGUGCUGAUGGACAAUGAGAGGCUGGUGCGGCGCACUCAGACCAAACGCACAGAAUACAGAGUGCUGGGAAAAAAAGAGGCCUCCGCUCUCACCUCCGAGAGCGUCUCCACAGAGGGCGAGGAGGUCGAGCAGCAGCUGAAGGCAAACGCACAUCUGAAAGACCUGGAUGAGGACAUAUUUGACGACGACGAUUUCUACCACCAGCUGCUGAGAGAGCUAAUCGAGCGCAAGACGAGCGCAGCCGACCCCAAUGACCAGGUGGCCAUGGGGAAGCAGUGGCUGGCCAUCCAGAAACUACGCAGCAAGAUCAAGAAGAAGGUCGACACCAAGGCCAGCAAGGGACGCAAAGUCAGAUUCCACAUCCACAGUAAACUGGUCAAUUUCAUGGCUCCUGUUGACCACAGCUCAGUGAGCGACGAGGCACGCAGCGAACUGUAUCGUGGCCUCUUUGGUCAGAACUCCACAGUCAGGGAGUGACACCAGGGAGGUGUUCAUCAUGGGGAGCAGAUACCGGGAUGUAAACUAAGUGCCUUCUUUACAUACCUGACUGAGCGGGACAAUUAUGGUGCUCUAACUUGAUGGGAAUAAAAUGGGUCAGAGGGCAAACACAGUUCUUAAUAAAUAUCUUUUUAUACUGAGUAAUAUUUUCAGUAUGUCUUUGCCUACUGACCAAUCACUGGUCAAAUGUAAUAUGUACGUAAUUCCACUCAAAACCAAAUGUGUACUGAGUGUUCAGUGGACUAGGAGGAAAGCAGUUCAUGUAUUGUACAUUUUAUACUGUAUUGUUUGUCCUCUGUGACUAAGUCUCAUGAUUCAAGUAAAGUGUUAACGUUUAA